AUGUCGCGCAACUUGAAUGAAGUUUCAAUGAUUGAAAAACACGAGCAAUGGAUGGCUCAGUGUGGACGCGUUUACAAGGAGGAGAACCAACAUGGAGAGGCCAACAGGUACAAAAUUUUCAAGGAAAAUGUGGAAUAUAUCGAGUCAUUCAACAAGGAAGGAACUAAGUCUUACAAGCUUGGCAUUAACCAAUUUGCUGAUUUGACCAAUGAGGAGUUUCGAACAACUAGCAACAAGUACAAGCAGUGGAGGGAAUGUAAAGGAACCUUGUUCAGGUAUGAAAAUGUUAGUGCAGUUCCAGCUUCCAUGGACUGGAGAAAGAAGGGUGCAGUCACAGGGAUUAAGGACCAAGGCCAAUGUGGUUGUUGCUGGGCAUUUUCAGCAGUCGCAGCCAUGGAAGGAAUUCACCAGCUUAAAACUGGCAAGUUGAUCUCCUUGUCUGAGCAAGAGCUUGUGGAUUGUGACACUGCUGGUGAAGAUCAAGGCUGCAAUGGAGGUCUCAUGGAUGAUGCAUUUACCUUCAUAAUCAACAACAAAGGUCUUACUACUGAAGCCAAUUAUCCAUAUCAAGCAGUUGAUGGAACUUGCAAUACAAACAAAGAAGCUAAGCCUGCUGCCAAAAUCACUGGAUAUGAAGAUGUCCCUGCAAACAAUGAGGCUGCACUUUUGAAGGCUGUGGCCAAUCAACCUGUUUCAGUUGCCAUUGAUGCUAGUGGCAAUGACUUCCAAUUCUAUUCAAGCGGCGUUUUCACUGGUGAUUGUGGGACUGAAUUUGACCAUGGUGUGACAGCCGUCGGGUAUGGUACAAGCUCUGAUGGAACCAAAUAUUGGUUGGUUAAGAAUUCUUGGGGAACUAGCUGGGGUGAGAAUGGAUACAUCCUGAUGCAAAGAGAUAUUGAAGCUAAAGAAGGCCUCUGUGGCAUUGCGAUGCAAGCUUCUUACCCUACUUCUUAA